AUGGAUAAGUACAAAAUCGUCAAGCAACUGGGCGAUGGAACCUUCGGAAGUGUACUGCUUGCUAAUUUAAAAGAUUCGCCACAAGAAAAAGUUGCGAUCAAACGAAUGAAGAAAAAAUACUAUUCUUGGCAAGAAUGUAUGGAUUUGCGAGAAGUUAAAGCAUUGCAAAAAAUACGUCAUGCUAAUGUGAUUAAAUUGAAAGAAGUCAUUCGAGAAGAUAAUAAUUUAUAUAUGAUUUUCGAAUAUAUGAAUGAAAAUCUUUACGAAUUGAUGAAAAAACGAGAUCGAUUGUUUCCGGAGACGAACGUGCGCAAUGUUAUUUUUCAACUUCUUCAAGGACUGGCUUAUAUGCAUAAAUUGGGAUUUUUUCAUCGUGAUUUGAAGCCUGAAAACAUCUUGUGCAAAGGCGUGGAAUUGAUAAAAAUAGCUGAUUUUGGUCUCGCACGUGAACUUCGCUCCAGACCACCUUAUACUGAUUAUGUAUCUACAAGAUGGUAUCGUGCUCCUGAGGUGCUACUUCGCUCUACUUCAUACACAUCUCCAAUUGAUAUGUGGGCAGUUGGUUGUAUUGCUGCUGAAUUUUACACAUUAAGACCGUUAUUUCCUGGAAGUAGUGAAAUUGAUCAAAUGUUUAAAAUAUGUGCUGUUAUGGGGACUCCAACACGAGAUGAAUGGCCAGAAGGUUAUAUGUUAGCUGCUAAACUUUCAUUUCGUUGGCCACAGUGUGCCCGAACAGAUUUAAAGAAAAUAAUUCAUAGCUCAAAUAACGAUGGCAUUGAUCUGAUCUCUGCAACACUAGAAUGGGAUCCGAAACGACGACCUUCUGCUGUACAGUGUUUAAAACAUCCCUAUUUUAAAGUUAGUCAAGAUUUCUUGGGCACAUCAAGUUCAAAUGUGUCUGUAAUUAAUGAUACUUCGUCAACCAUAUCGACUCAAUCAUAUACUUCGAAGAAAAACUACAAAGAUGAUUGGGAUGACAACGAUAAUGCCACUCCUGCCAGUAACAAUGAUUUGAAUGAUUUAGAUGCACUCCUUAAAGAAUUCGAGCAACCGAAAGAAAAUCUUAGCACUCAAGCACAACCCUCGAAACCGAACAAGCAACCCAGCGGGUUCCUCUUUGACACACCUCCAGCACAAUCCAAAGUAUCCAAAUAUGAUUCAUCUACAUCUGACAAUCGUAAACCGAGCAUUCCACUAUUUUCAAACUCGAAUGUCGGUGCUGAACAACGUCGAACAUCGAUCCUAAAACAGCCACCCAAGCCUGCCAUCGAUCAAUCGUUAGACAUCGAAGCAAUUCUGCAGGGACGAGCAAUACAACCUCAACAACCUCCAUCAAAACUCUUGCAACCUAUUGCACCAACCAAUCGUUCGACGUCAUCCACAGAAGACAGUUUGGUCGACUGGCUCAAUUCUGACCGUGUAUUGACAAAAGCUCCUGCACAGAAAGCUACAACAACUAAAGCGAAUAUUAAUCUUAAUCCAGAUGAUUUCUUUUCGAAUGCAAGUAAUAAUCGAAAUCAAAAUGAAACGAAACCACCCUUGUCAACAACGAAAACAUCUGCCAAGGAACAUUACUUGAGAAAUUCAAGGUAUAAGCCAGGUAAGAUCUAUCUUCUUCACUCUACGCAGGAGAAAAAACAUGAAUAUUCACGGCUACUCGAUGAUGUAGGCAUCAAUCCCCGACAAACAACACGUCGGGAUAGUUUCAAUUGGCUUGCUGACACUUCAAACAAUAGUAAUUCAGCGACUCGUGGUUUCAAACUGACGUCGUAUGUACCAACAUUUGGUGAUCAGAAAAAGCCGUCACUUCAACACACUCCUACUCUAUUUGGCGGUCGGUCUCGUUUUGAUCAAUAA